AUGGAGUCAAUGAAGAGGUCUCCUACUUUCCUAGUUGGGACGGUUCAGCAAAAAGAUAUUCUGGGGGAGUUCCAGAAGCGAGAGGAGCAUUACACAGAGGAGUACUCCAAGAACAAGCCGCUGUGCUUCAGCGCAAGAGCUUACCAGCAACCACACCCUGCAAAAGUGCGAAUGGGUUACAAGGAUGCUGAUGCUACCCUGACCUCACCCAUGCUUUUAGGUGUUUGCGAUGGCGUGUCGCAGCUGGAGGAGUUUCAGAUGGAUCCAUCCCUGCUGCCCAACGAACUCCUCCGAACUUGCGAGGAGCUGGCGAUGCUGCAGCUGAUGCCGGACACGCAAAUUGCACCGCAAGACCAGUACAGAGGUCCCAUCUCUCUUCUCAAAGAAGCGUAUCAAGAGACGACAAGCUUUGGGUCCACCACUGUCCUGCUGGCAGCUCUUGACAACAGCACCAGAAUUCAUGGGAAGUUGCACCCCAUGAUAGCGGUUCUCUCCAUUGGCGACUGUGAGUUGCUUAUGCUGAGACGAACAAAUGGCCGGCAAUCGGAACUGGAAGCCGUGUUCCACACAGAGAUGCAGCGCAUUGACUACAAUGUCCAGACUCCGCUUCAGCUUGCUCGCGUCGACGAACGAAUUGAUGAGGAUGGGGUGACCGAACUGGCCCUGGACUAUAAGCUGGAUUCUCGCCGGUGUCUGGCGAAGAUGAUCAAGGGCUUCGCGUUCAAAAUCCUGUCGCCCCGGGAUAUCACUGGAGUUCUGAACAUGAUCGGCGUGCACCCAGCGGUCGUGCCGGAAAACAUCGAGAGGCCCGCUGCCGACAACGCGAUGUCGUUUUUCAAUGCCCUCGCCGAGUUUGCCUAUGACAUGGACUCGCAACAGAUGAAGGCACAAAUGCCGGGAGGGAUACAGUAUCCUGAGAUCUACGACGAGGCCAUGGACGUGCUGACGGUCUUUAAGCUCUCAAGGCAGUUGGCGAUGAUCAACUUGGUGGAUGACUUCAACUUCAAGGACUUCUGGGAGCCCAUCCCGAAGCGAUUCCGGGCGUUGCUCAGCGGCAUGAUCAAUUUCUGCCGCUACAAGGAGGCCAAAGUCAUCGUCAUCACUGGCAUGAAGGAGGACGUUCAGGUGUUGGACUCAGCCCGCUUGGAGCUGGUGGAGAAGCUGAACCAGGUGGAUUCGGAGCUGACUGCAGCCCAAGAGCGCCACAACGCUGAGCUGCAAGACACCUGGUCGGCAGAGAACGAGGUGGCAGAGGCACGCGCCACGAUUGACAAGCUCACCAGACAGCGUUCUUCGGCGGAACGCGUGGUGGAGGAUGCAGAGAAAAAGCGCACAGGCGUGAAGGAACGCGUGCGGCAAGGAGAGCAGCGCAUCGAGCAGCUGCGCGAGCAGGUCAUUUCUCUGCAGGGGCAGAUUGCUGAAAGUCCUGAAGGACUCGAGAAGGAGAUCGAAGAGCUGAAAGGGGGAGUUCGACAGCUCAAGGCUGUCUUGGAGGACAAGGCCAACCAGCGACGAUCUCACUCGCAGAGGGACCAAACCUUUGCCAGGUUGAUCAAGCACAUGGAGGGAUACAAGGACGAGCUUACGCGUGUGGGCAAUGUAGCCGCAAGCGCCGAAGCUGCAAAGCAGCGCUCAGUGUCUUCGCGGGAAGAGCUCAAGCAGCUCCGACAAUCGCUGGAGGCCGCUAGGCAGGACGGAGCCGAGCUGGAUCAGUCCUUGAAGACCAUCGUGGCAGAUACCGAGAGGGCGAAGCAGGUUCACAGCGAGAGAAUGGAGCAGCUCGAGGAGCGAAGACAGCAAGCGCUGCAGCAGCACCAAGAGCUGCAGGCGAAGCGUACAGAGGAGCAACGCCAGCUGCAUCAGCUUCAAUCCCAGCGCUUGGAGUUGGAAGCAGAGGUCGCUGCCGCCAGACGGGCCCAUGAAGUUGAGAUGGGCGAGCUGCGGGCCAUUUGGAAGGCCGUCUUGGACAAAGCAGAGUCGUACAACUUGUCCUUGGAGGCAUUGUUCCAUGAACACGGCUACAGCAGCUACGGGGACUGCCCAGCUGCGUGA